UAUCUAUGGGGCUGCUAAAUUGAUCUUCUUACUGUGUUUAUCUUAUUACUGUGUUUCAUUACUAUUGUAAAAUGCACGAAGCAUACGAAGUGUCUCACUUACUGAAUGCAACUGUCCAAAUAGAAGCAAUAGCUGCGUAUGAUGGAAACUUGUUAUUGGGUACAAGACAGGGCCAUUUGUUGAUGUACUCAUUAUCAAAUAAUAAUGGUAAUCAGAAAUAUGAGCUGCAACUAUUUCGCUAUUGUAAAAACUUCAGUAAGAAACCUAUCCAGCAAAUAGAAGUUAUACCAGAAGACCAUUUGCUACUGUGCCUCACUGACAAUAUUCUAUCAACAUAUGAUACAAAUGGAGUUAAUUUUCCAUUGGUUAAGACAUUCCAUGACACAAAAGGGGCUUCAUUAUUUGCAUUGGACAACAAGUCUGCUACCUCAAUGACUGGUGAAUCAAAUUCUCUAGUAAGUCUCUGUGUAGCUGUAAGGAGAAAGCUGCAAUUAUAUUAUGGGAAAAACGGAGAAUUCAAAAAGCAUCUAUUUGACUUUUCCAUACCAGAUGUGCCUAAGGUGAUGGCCUGGGGUCAGCAAUACCUGUGUGUUGGCUUCAAAGGAGAAUAUACAAUGUUUGAUUUAUCAACACGGGACCCUAAAGAACUAUUUCCCACGAGCAGUUCAAAAUCAUUAGACCCUACAAUAGCAAAGUAUUCAGAAACAUCAUUCCUACUUGGCCGAGAUAACACUUCUGUCCUUGUGGAAGAGGCGAAAGACAUCGAGAUUAUAAAGACCAUCAAGUGGAAGGAAGCCCCAAUAGCUGUUGUAUGGGAUGAGCCAUUUGUAUUAGGUUUGUUGCAAGACCAAGUUAUAGUUCAGACAGUGGAGCCCUCGCUGUUCAUACAGACUUUACCUGAUCUCAAUAAAGCAAGACUGAUGUAUAGGUGUAAGCGUGGUCUGAUAUUUGUAUCCUCAGUGGGGCAGGUGUGGUGUCUCAGUUCCGUGGAUAUCGCCAAACAGAGGCAGCAACUACUAAAAGACAAGCAGUUUCAAAUUGCGAUUGAUUUAACGAAUUUGUCCGACAGUACGGUUGAAGAUAAAAAGCAAACGGUCCAUUCCAUUCAAAAGCUAUUCGCGCUCGAUCUUUUCGAUAACAAAGAGUAUUCUAAGUCCAUGAAGGAAUUUAUUAAACUCAACACGGACCCCGCCGACGUUAUCAAACUCUUUCCAGAAUUGGAUAAGCCAUUUGACAACCAAAAGAAAGGCACCGAGUCUGAAGCGAAAAAGAAAGAUCAAGAAAACGCUUUGAAUGCAUUGAUUGAAUAUUUGUUAGCAUUAAGGAGAUCAAUUGGGAAAAAACCGACUGAGGCGGGCGGUAGCCAAGACGAGUUAGCAAGCCGAAGAAAUGUUACGCAACAGUUGGAGUUGAUUGAUACAACGCUGUUGAAGUGUUAUUUACAGACUAACGAUGCCCUCAUAGCGGCUUUACUCCGCUUGAACAACUGUCGCUUGGACGAAGCGGAAAGAACUUUGUUACAACACAGCAAACACAGCGAACUCAUAAUACUGUACCAGACAAAAGGGCAGCAUAUGAAAGCGCUGCAGCUGCUUUGGGAGCAGGCCAAACAACCAGAUUCCAGCUUGAAGGGUUAUCAUAGGACUAAACAUUAUCUGCAGCAACUAGGUUCAGAACAUAUUAAUUUAAUAUUCAAGUUCUCCGAUUGGAUAUUGAAAGAGUAUCCCGAAGAAGGACUAAAGAUAUUCACCGAGGACAUAGUUGAAGUGGAAAAUCUUCCCCGCCCGAAAGUUCUAGACUUUCUGUUGAGGGAACACGAAUCGCUAGUCAUCCCAUACUUAGAACAUGUAAUCCACACCUGGAAUGAUACAAAUGAAAUAUUCCACGAUGCGUUGAUAAAAAUGUAUCGAGAGAAAAUAACGGAUAAAAAGGCUAACUCGACCGAGGAAGAAUUGCAGCAUAUAAAAUCUAAACUGCUGACGUUUCUAGAAACGUCCGCCUACUUUACGCCGGCGAGAGUAAUACUGCAUUUCCCGAACGACACAUUGUUUGAAGAACGGGCUAUAAUUUUGGGCAAACUUGGCUUACAUGACCAGGCUUUAGCUAUUUAUGUACAGAUUCUCGGUGACGUUGAAAGGGCCAUUCGAUACUGCGAAAAUGUAAGCGGGAAGUCUGAAGAUAAAAACGUUGAUGUGUACGUGAUUUUAAUGAAAAUUCUUAUGAACCCCGAACAAAGUAAUGUUUUAACGGGUCCCUUAGCCAACGUAGCGAGACAUCCGAACUCAAAUGUGCAGGACAUGGAGACGGCUCUCAGUAUACUGGAAAAGCAUGCAGACAAAAUAUCUCCAUUAAAGGCAUUAUCAGUAUUACCGGAUGGAGUGCCAUUGGGUCGACUGAAAUACUUCCUGGAAAGCGCCUUGGAAAGCCAACUAACUCUCAAGCGUCGUACCCAAGUUCUCAAGGGGCUUUUAUAUGCUGAACACUUACAGGUACAAGAACUGAAACAUUUCCACGAGUCACAGAAAAUCGUGAUACACGACUACGAUCUAUGUCCGGUGUGCAAGAAACGCUUCGGUAACCAAAGCGCGUUUGUCCGAUACCCCAACGGCGAUAUAGUCCACUACUCUUGCAGAAUCGAAAAGUAAAAAACAAGCACACGCGAUAUUGGUUCCAAUUCUGUUGUACGCAAAUCUCUAAACUGUAGCCUUAAUAUGCGAUACUCGAUUAUCGCCUCUCUUGUAGAGUCAGGCUAGAAUGGAGUUUAUGAAAUUUGUUUUAAAACUUUAAUUCGUCCACACUACACCAGACGCUGCUGCCGGGAAAAUAAAAAACAGAGUUAAAGAAUUUUUUACUCUAGAUUGAGAGAUAUAAGGUCCAUUUUGCUUUGUCUUAAACUUGGAGUGAUCUAAAUUGAUAGAUUUGAAAGUGCUGGCCAUUGUUUUGAUACUUGUCAAUUAUCAUUGGAGAUUUAUACACAACAAAGUUGUAAACAGCAUCGUACUAGGCCAGGCUGAAAGUUCUCUUUUGCGCAUGUCUCGUGUAAUAAUAACAUCGCAAAUAAAAUUCCUAAAAAAUGUA